GCGGGCCCGGACUCGGACUGGGCGGCCGGCCCGGAGAGGGCGGGGGGCGGCGGCGGCGGCGGCGGCGGCGGCGAGCGGGGCCAUGCAGGCGCGCUACUCCGUGUCCAGCCCCAACUCCCUGGGAGUGGUGCCCUACCUCGGCGGCGAGCAGAGCUACUACCGCGCGGCGGCGGCGGCAGCGGGGGGCGGCUACACGGCCAUGCCGGCCCCCAUGAGCGUGUACUCGCACCCGGCGCACGCUGAGCAGUACCCGGGCGGCAUGGCCCGCGCCUACGGGCCCUACACGCCGCAGCCGCAGCCCAAAGACAUGGUGAAGCCGCCCUACAGCUACAUCGCGCUCAUCACCAUGGCCAUCCAGAACGCGCCGGACAAGAAGAUCACCCUGAACGGCAUCUACCAGUUCAUCAUGGACCGCUUCCCCUUCUACCGCGACAACAAGCAGGGCUGGCAGAACAGCAUCCGCCACAACCUCUCGCUCAACGAGUGCUUCGUCAAGGUGCCGCGCGACGACAAGAAGCCGGGCAAGGGCAGCUACUGGACGCUCGACCCGGACUCCUACAACAUGUUCGAGAACGGCAGCUUCCUGCGGCGGCGGCGGCGCUUCAAGAAGAAGGACGCCGUGAAGGACAAGGAGGAGAAAGACCGGCUGCACCUCAAGGAGCCGCCGCCACCGCCGCCGCCGCCGCCGCCGCCGCCGCCGACGGCCGGCCGCCAGCCCGCGCCCGCGCCCCCCGAGCAGGCCGACGGCGCGCCGCCCGGGGCGCAGCCCCCGCCCGUGCGCAUCCAGGACAUCAAGACCGAGAACGGUACGUGCCCCUCGCCGCCCCAGCCCCUGUCCCCGGCCGCCGCCCUGGGCAGCGGCAGCAGCGGCGCCGCCGCGGUGCCCAAAAUCGAAAGCCCCGACAGCAGCAGCAGCAGCCUGUCCAGCGGGGGCAGCCCCCCCGGCGGCCUGCCGGCGGCGCGGCCGCUGAGCCUGGACGGCGCGGAGCCCGGCCCGCCGCCCGCGCCCGCGCCCGCGCACAGCCAGGGCUUCAGCGUGGACAACAUCAUGACGUCGCUGCGGGGGUCGCCGCAGGGCGCGGCCGCCGAGCUGGGAUCCGGCCUCCUGGCCCCGGCCGCCGCGUCCUCGCGCGCGGGCCUCGCGCCUCCGCUGGCGCUCGGCGCCUACUCGCCAGGCCAGAGCUCGCUGUACGGCUCGCCCUGCAGCCAGAGCCCCGGCGCGGGCGGCGCGGGCGGCGCGGGCGGCGGCGGCGGCGGCGGGGCGGGGGGCCCCGGGACCUACCACUGUAACCUGCAGGCCAUGAGCCUGUACGCGGCGGGGGAGCGCGGCGGCCACGUGCAGGGCGCUCCCGCGGGCGCCGGAGGCUCCUCGGUGGACGACCCUCUGCCCGACUACUCCCUGCCCCCGGCCACCAGCAGCAGCUCCUCGUCCCUGGGCCACGGCGGCGGCGGCGGCGGCCAGGAGGCCGGCCACCACCCCGCGGCCCACCAAGGCCGCCUGGCCUCGUGGUACCUGAACCAGGCGGGCGGGGACCUGGGCCACCUGGCCAGCGCGGCGGCGGCGGCCGCGGGCUACCCGGGCCAGCAGCAGAACUUCCACUCGGUGCGGGAGAUGUUUGAGUCGCAGCGGAUCGGCCUGAACAACUCGCCGGUAAACGGGAACAGCAGCUGUCAGAUGGCCUUUCCUUCCGGCCAGUCCCUGUACCGUACGUCCGGGGCCUUCGUCUACGACUGCAGCAAGUUCUGACCGCCCGCCUCCGCCCCGCCUGCCUCCCAGCCGGACCGAACCGAACCGAACCCCGGAGCAGGAGCAGCCAAAAGGACCCUCAGCGCAAAAGUGAAACCAAAAACCCAGUCCGUGAAACGUCCACCAAACUAGCAAACAGAAGCCCUCCACACUUUCGAGUCACCAGCACGAAGAAAAGGCUUUCUUCUCUUAGAAGAUGGAUUCGGAGCCACCUCCACUUUGCUUUAUCUAAACAAACAGAACCGUAAAACUGUUUUGUACAGAGACAGCAGAGUCAUGGUUUGUUAAAGGGCAGUGUUUCUCCAGAUAACACUUGGAUGUCCGUGGACCAAACGCCAGAAAGUGUUUCCAAAACCUGACGUUAAAUUGCCUGAAACUUUAAAUUGUGCUUUUUUGAUUAUGAAAAGGGAAACUGUAUUAAUCUUAUUCUAUCAUCUUUGCUUUCUUUUUGUUGAGCAUAUUCAUUGUUUAUUAAUAAAUUACCAUUCAGUUUGAAUGAGACCUAUAUGUCUGGAUACUUUAAUACAGCCUUUAAUUCUUAUAAGAGAAAAAGAUUUCAGAGAUUAAAACGCUAGAAAUUACCAAUUCUCCUAAAUCUCUGAAAAAAAAAAGUAGAGACAUCCUCUGACUAUUUCUGGUCAAAUUACACGUGUAAGUCUCUUUUUGUUUAGAUUUAUUUUUUCCUGCGGCAUCUUUUGCAAAAGUACUGUAUAGUCAGCUUGCUUUGUGGCUAGUAAAAAGAGAUUUUCCUAAACAUAUCUGAGUUGGCAUAUGCACAAAUGCAUUUUCUCAGUAAUGACAACAGGAUUCGGAAAUUUCAAGCCCAUGAAUCAGCAGCAGUCUCACCACAGUGAUACCUGUGUGUGGAGAGGCAGCUGUGCCUUCAGAUACACAUUUGAAUAUUUGGCUUGUGUAUCACUUAAAAAACUGUCGCACAUAUCAGACAUCCCUGUGAGCCGAAUGCUGGAUGAAUUUUCUUCCUGUUAAUUUCACUCCUUUUUAAGAGGGGGAUAAAAAAACCUAGCUUUUAAAUGUGUGUAUAUAACUCAUCCACAUCUACAAUCCUUCAUGUCCAAUGUAGGAUUGAUUUUUAUUUUAAUGUACUGCGGGUUGGAAAGGGAUAUUUAAUCUUUGGGAAACUAUUUUAGAAGAUAUGUUUGUAGAACAAUUAUUUUUUGGAAAAAGAUUUAAAGCAAUAACAAGAAGGAAGGAGCGGGAAGCAGGGUAUUUUAAUCCAGGUGGUUUCUUUUCAGUCCCAUUUUUCUUGUUAAUUUACAGUUAAACGUAUGGGGCAGCCCGCUAGCCCCCUCCUUUUGUAAAUAACCCAGGAAAUGUAAUAAAUUCAUUAUCUUAGGGUGAUCUGCCCUGUCAAUCAGACUCUGGGGAGAUGCGAUUUGAUUCCAGACUUUCAGGGUCUUUCCGUUUGUUCUCGAGAUAAUACAGUUCCCUGCUAUCUGCCGCUCCGAUCUAGAGGCAACACUUAGCAGUAAUUGCUGUUGCUUGUUGUCAAAAUUUGAUCAUUGUUAAAGGAUUGCUGCAAAUAAAUACACUCUACUUCCAGUCAAAAA